ACUCACACACACACAAAAACGACUUAGUUGACACACACACACACAGUUUGGGUGGAGCAGGAAUCAUGCAGGCGGGCAUGUGGAGGCUCCUCGGCGUCCACUUGAUGUUCGCCGCCGUCACCAGCGCCCACCCGAGCGUACCGAGGAUCGCCAAAUACUUUGGCACCAAGGGACGCUACGAGGAAGUCAACCCCUACCUCCUGGACGACAUCCUGGCCGUCAACGCCUCCGUCCUGCGCCCUCCGUCUCCGGCAUGCCGCCCGCGCCACCUGAGCGCCAUGGUACGCCACGGCACCAGGUACCCCACCGGCCCCAUCCUCAAGGAGAUGCAGAACAUGUACCAGGCGGUGAAAGGGGCCUCCCCCGCCAAGGAGAGCUGGGUGCGGGACAUCCAGACCCGGUGGGACAUGUGGUACACGGAGGACAUGGACGGGCGACUGGCCCGCAAAGGCGUGGACGACCACAAGCAUCUGGCGGUCAGGCUGGCCAAGCUCUUCCCCUCCUUGCUGACGGAGGAGAACCUCAAGGGAGGCUUGGUGAGCUUCACCAGCAGCUCCCAGCACCGCUGCGUCAACAGCACCCGGGCCUUCCGGGCGGGUCUCACAGAACUGUGGCAUGUUGAAGACCAGUUCUACCCCGCUGUGAACGACGCACUGAUGAAACAUUUCCAGAACUGCCCCAAGUUCCUGGAGGAGGUGGUAAAGAACCCCUCAGCCCUGACAGAGGUGGACAAGUUCAAAGAGGGAUCAGAGAUGAAGAAGGUCCGGGACAAGAUAGCAGACCAACUGGGAGUCCCUCAUGAGACCAUCACGGCAGACAUGGCCGACGGUGCCUUCAACCUUUGUGCCUACGAGCUGGCCAUCAAGACCCUCAACUCCCCCUGGUGUCUGCUCUUUACCCUGGAUGAUGCUCAGGUUGUGGAGUACGCCAACGACCUGCGGCAGUUCUGGAAGAGAGGAUACGGUUACGAUAUCAACAGCAAGUCCAGCUGCAUUCUGUUCCAUGAUGUGUUCAGUCGGCUGGACAAAGCGGCCGCUGACAUCAAGGCCGACCGGCAAGUGAGCGAAGCUGUGACCGUCCAGGUCGGCCACGGCGAGACCCUCCUGCCGCUCUACACCCUCCUGGGCUUCUUCAAGGACGACAACGCCCCCACGUCCUCCAACUACGCCGCGCAAACGGGACGUUCCUUCCGUACCAGCGAGGUGCUGCCCUACGCCGCCAACCUGCUGCUGGUUCUGUACGACUGCGGGCCGGACCAGCUGCGCUUGCAGGCGCUGGUCAACGAGAGACCCGCGGUCUUCCCGGGCCUGGCGGAGCACGCGCCGCUCUACGGGGACGUCAAGGAACGCUACCGGGAGCUGAUCCACGGCUGUGAUCACGAGACCGAGUGCGAGCUCUUCACCAGGACGGACGCCUUAUGAACGUAUUCAACUGACAUGUUCUUUAAAAUGACAUAUUGCAAAUCUAUUCAAAAUUAAGGCAAAUAAAAAAAAUCAC